AUGAAUAAAGAUAAUAAAGAAGAAGAAUAUAAUCCAUAUGAGCAUAGAAUAGUUGAGAAGCCAAGUUCGGAUAUAAGAGCUACAGCUAAUAUUAUCAAAGCCUCUUUGGGUUCUGGCUUAUUAGCUGGUCCUCUUGCCUUUUCCAAUUCUGGAUGGGGAGUCGGUAUUAUUGGGACGCUCUUGGUUGGUUUCAUAUGCGGCCACUGCGUUCAUAUCCUUGUGAAAACCUCACGUGGUUGCUGUAAAAUAGAACGGAAACCGUUGCUCGGUUAUGCAGAGACAUGCAAAUCAGCAUUUCAAAAUGGACCAAAAAAUGUCCAACGCUACUCCAAUGCUGCCAGUGCAUUUGCAGAGUUUGCCUUGUUUUCAACGUAUAUGGGUGUUUGUUGUAUAUAUACUGUUCUAAUAGCUGACUCUAUCAAGCAGCUACUCGACAAAUAUGUACCAAAUGUAAACUUAUCCGUAGAGUAUUAUUGCUUGAUCAUAUUAAUUCCUCUAUGUUUGUUGUGCCAAGUGAGAUAUUUGAAAUGGCUCGCGAUAUUUUCUAUUCUGGCAAACGUUUUCCUCCUCCUGACAUAUUUCAUUUGUUUAUAUUAUAUUUUUGGAGGGGAAAUAACGUUCUCGGACAAAAAGGCCGUCGGCAACCCUUCAAGAUUUCCUGUGUUUUUAUCAACUGUGAUCUUCGCGAUGGAGGGCAUUGGGGUGGUAAUGCCCGUUGAAAAUGCAAUGAAAAAGCCUCAAAAUUUCCUUGGCUGUCCAAGUGUGCUGGUCGUGGCUAUGUCAGCAAUUGUGUUCUUCUACAGUACACUAGGCCUCUUUGGAUAUUUAAGAUAUGGAGAUGUUUUACGGGGAUCCAUUACUUUAAACCUACCUAUAGAUGAAUGGCCAGCAAUAUGUGCAAAAAUUUUUAUAGCUCUAUCCAUUUUCUUCACUUAUCCUCUUCAAUUUUACGUGGUGUUUGACAUUUUUAAGAAACACAUUGAUCCUUACAUAAAAGAUAACUACCGCACGAUUACCGACAUUAUGGCUAGAACUGCUGGCGUCUUAUGCUCAGUGGGAAUUGGUAUCGCGCUGCCCUUAUUAGAACAAAUAAUUAAUAUUGUUGGUGCCUGUUUUUACUCAAUCCUCGGUCUUGUGAUUCCUGGCAUUAUCGAAACAGUGUUCCGGUGGGAAAAUCUCGGAAAAUGUAAAUGGAUUCUUUGGAAAAAUAUGCUAAUUAUCCUAUUUGGCGUUUUUAGUUUAGUUUCAGGUUGUACUGUCACUAUAAUGGAUAUCAUAGAAAUAUUACACCGUAAAACAGAG